CUCUCAAUUAGAAUAGCCGCACGUGAUGAGAACAAAAAAUUCAUCGCUGAUCUUGGUCAGAUUACAAUCAGAAGAACAAAAAACUUGCUUUUUUCUCAAGUUUCUUCAGCUUCAAUUUACUUUAUUUUUUUGCAUUUAACAAAAAUCAUAAAAGAAAAAAUGGCGCUGCGAAUGCUCGCACAAAAAGGAGGUCUGCACCUGCAGCCGCACCUGCACCGCUCACUGCGCACAAGUGCAACACUGCUUCUCAAGCAGGUCCCAGACUCGCUCUGGGCCAACCCACGCCCACCACCAGCCACCAGCCUGCCCCAGCUCACAACAACCACAACGCCAUCCCCAGAGGUGCUGCAGUCAUUGCAAAGCCUAGACGAAUGCGUGCGCGAUCUAUACGCCGAAGGCCUGCGGCACAGCGGGCCGGUAUUGCGCGGCACAGACGAGGUGCGGUUUGGGCGCAAGUAUAUUGGGAUGGUGGCACUGCCCGAAGCGGUGACGCAGGGCAUAGCAGCGUAUUUGGCUGGGAGGGAUCAGCGGGCGCUGAGGUCGGAUUACUUGCGGAUUGCGGAUUCGUGGCGGUCCACUGGGCAGAUCACGCCGCCAGGAAAGGGCAAGGGAAGAGCCGCGAAGAAAUACCGCCGCGGAGAAGAAGAUCAAGAGGGGAGCGGCGGCGGGGAGCGGGAUGAGCUGCUGAGCGAAAUGAAGAUGCUCAAGCCAUUGCCCGGAGAGCGCAUCCAGGUGGUUGUGCCCGGCCACCGGCCUGCGCCCGAGUCGCUGGUGCAGCCGGGAACACGCCUGAAGCCGCAUACGCUGGAGUAUGGCAGCAGCGAGACUGCAGCGUAUGUGGCUGCGGUGGUGCCAUCCACAUACGCAGUCAUUUACAAUGUGCUGGCGGAAAUCCGUGGCCGCAUGCCCAGCGUGGUGCCACGCACAGUGCUGGACUUUGCCUGUGGGCCGGCGCCGGCACUGUGGGCGGCGCAGGAGCUGUGGCCUGGCGGCGUCCAGCAGUACCGCGGCGUCGACGUUUCCGAAGACAUGCUCCUUGUGGCCGAGCAGCUGGCAGCGCACACAGCAGUGGCCGAGGUGGAUUUCACGCGGUACUUGCCGCCCAACACCGGGCUGCAAUCCGACCUAGUCAUUUCGGCAUUUGCAUUGGCCGAGCUGCCCACUGACGCCAUGCGGCUGUCCACAGUGGACACCUUAUGGGCGCACACGCGGGAUACCCUGGUGCUGGUUGACCGGGGCACCCCGGAUAGUGCGCGGAUUGUGUCGAUGGCGCGCGACCAUAUUUUGGCCACUGGCCAGGCACAUACCCUGGCGCCAGUUCCCAAUGAUUUGCCUGACCCGACUGCGGGAACGCCCGGGUGGAUGCACUUUUCGCAGCGUGUGCAGCGUCCGACCUUCACUAUGCGUACGAAGCACUCAAAGUCGAAUGUUGAGGAUCUGCGCUACUCGUACACCGUGAUGCGCCGUGGCGCACGGCCAGCAGCCGUGGACGCUGCCUCUCAAAAACGGAGCCAGCAGGCGGAGGCGGUGGCUUCGUUGGCGGCUGCACAGGCACAGCCCGAACUGUACCUGCCAGACGGCCGGCUGCGGAAGACUUCCGAGCAGCUGGCGGCCGAGGCCAUGGACUGGGCAAGGCUGAUUCUGCCGCCGAUCAAGCGCAAGGGGCAUGUGCAGGCCGACGUGUGCACGAAAGAGGGCACAGUGGAGCGCUGGGUGUUCACCAAGUCGCAUGGAAAGCAGUCGUAUAGGGAUGCGAGGAAGGCUAGCUGGGGUGAUUUGUUCCCGCAUACGCCAAAGUCUGCUACACUGCGCCCAUACUUUAUCCCGUCGACAGCGGCAGCGUCAGCGGCGGCGGCGAAGGAUAAGGAUGGCAGGCCUAAGAAUCGCAAGGCCAGGCGCAGUGACCGCGCGCUCAGCGAGGACCACGACUAGAAAUGGUAUUUCCAUAUUGAUGAUUUUACUACGUAAACCUUUUUUAUUCGAAAACGAGAAAAAAAAAC